CUGUGAACCACAUUCCCUCUCCUUCCAGCAAAAAGACUCUCUCCUCUGCUCCCCAGCAAUGACGUCCUUCAGCAGCCGUAGUUUUGUGUCUUCUGGAGGGGGCUUCGGUGGAGGCUCCAUGCGGGGUGCUUCUCUAGGACGCAUGUCUCAGUCUUCAUCGAUGGGCAUCGGAGGAGGUGGCCUCUCAGGCGGCAUGCGUGCUGGGAGCAUGUAUGGGGGUUCAGGAGGCCAAAGUGUCCGUAUCUCCUCUGCGUCAAGAACCUUUUCAGCUGGUGGUGGCGGCGGUGGUGGAGCAGGUUAUGGCUUUGGUGGUGGCGCUGGUGGUGGAGCAGGCUUUGGUGGUGGCUUUGGUGGUGGCGCUGGCGAUAUGGACCUCAACGUGACUGUCAAUGAGAAAGCAACCAUGCAGAACCUGAACGACCGUCUGGGAUCUUACCUGGAGAAGGUGCGCUCCCUGGAGAAGGCCAAUGCAGAUCUCGAACUGAAGAUCAGGCAGUUUCUGGAGAAAAAAACCUCACCUUCUGCAAGAGAUUACUCUGCCUACUACGCCACAAUCAGCGACCUGCAGGAUAAGAUUCAAGAUGCCACCCGUGUCAAUGGAGGAGUCUACCUGGGCAUUGAUAAUGCAAAAUUAGCCGCUGACGACUUCAAGAACAAGUAUGAGAAUGAGUUGGGCAUGCGUCAGUCUGUGGAAGCAGACAUUGCUGGGCUGAAGAGACUCCUGGAUGAGCUGACAUUGUCAAGAUCAGACCUGGAGAUGCAGAUUGAGGGCUUAAAGGAGGAGAUUAUCUUCCUCAAGAAGAACCAUGAAGAGGAACUGGCUGCCAUGCGCACUCAAAUGACUGGUUCGGUGAACGUGGAGGUGGAUGCGGCUCCUCAGGAAGAUCUGAGCCGUGUGAUGGCUGAGAUCCGUGAGCAGUACGAGGGUGUCGCUGCCAAAAACCGACGUGAACUAGAGUCCUGGUUCAAAACCAAGUCAGAGACAGUGAUUAAGGAGGUUGAGGCCAAUACAGAGACCCUACAAAUGUCCAAGUCUGAAAUCACAGAGCUUCGACGCACCCUUCAGGGCCUGGAGAUCGAGUUACAAUCUGAACUCAGUAAAAAAGGGUCUCUUGAGGCAACUCUUAGGGACACACAAUCUCGGUACUCCAACCAGCUGACUCAACUGCAGGCUCACGUAACAAGUUUGGAGGAGCAGAUUGUUCGUCUCAGAGCUGACACAGACAGACAGUCUCAGGAUUACAUAAUGCUGUUGGACAUCAAGGCCCGGCUGGAGAUGGAAAUCGCUGAGUAUAGGAGACUGAUGGAUGGAGAAGCAAGCAGUUUCAGUGGAGGAGGAGGAGUGAGCAGCAGCAGCAGCAGCAGCACCUCUACCAAAACCGUCAUGGUGAAGACCAUUGUUGAAGACAUUGUUGAUGGGAAAGUGGUGUCAUCUAGUACAAAAUAAACGCCAAACACCAUCAAAGAGUGCCCAUCUACACCUGUCACACCAGUCUUCAGGCCUUGUGCUGCACUAUUGUUAAGAAUAAAAUCAUUGAUGGAGCAGAAA